CAAGUGGGAUACACCAAGAAGUGCCGCUGAUGUUCGUAGUUUCCUGGGGUUAGCAGGAUACUACCGGAGGUUUAUCGAGGGCUUCUCGAAGAUUGCCCAGCCACUAACCAACCUUACGAAGAAGGCCGUGAAGUUCCAUUGGAGUCCUAGGUGUGAGGAGAGUUUCCAGGAGUUGAAGAGGAGACUCACUACCGCGCCCGUUCUAUCCAUUCCCGACCCUACUUUUGAGUUCACCAUCUACAGUGAUGCUUCGAAGAUGGGUUUGGGAUGUGUUCUUAUGCAGCAGGGGAGG